AUGUCAAGUGGCAGUUUUUACGAAUAUUACGAUCAGAUUCUUGACUUGAUUGCAUGUCGGGAUUGGAAUGAAAGCGAAAAAGUAGCUGAAUUGUUUUCUUGCGACGGUCCGCACGUUUCAAACCACAAUUUAUACGUAGGCACAUCAUUCCAGAAUACUGUCUAUUAGAAAGUGCGCUAUGUUUCAUUUUUUUGUUUAGGUUUUGAAUCUCGAAGACGAAUACCCGGACAGAAAAGUGGAAGACGAGGUGUUCGAUGAUCUAGUAGCUCUCCACCUGCGAGUAUUAUAUUAUUUGAGUAAAAAUGAGUAUCAUGAUGCAUUUAAUGCCCAAAAAGCGGUAGGUAGAUGCAAUUUCAAUAUAUCGUAAUUUUAGUUACUCCAAUACUUCCACAAGGAGAUAUUGUCAGAAGAAAAGGAUGCCAAUUGGUUCAUUCCGAUACUAUUUGCACUGUGCAAGGAUUUGAGAGUGAUUGCCUCGAUGGUAAGGUUUCCACAUGUUUUCAAUUCUGAUUUUUAGGCCGAUAAAGCGCGAGAAAUUAUCGAUGAGGACGAGAAAUCAUUUUACGAGGAAGCUGCAAAUCCAAUUAUGGAAUGCUACCGAGUUUGCGUGGCUGAUGGGUAUUUUUACUUAUAUUUUUUCAUCCUUUAUGUUUUAGACGAAAUGCUUUUGAGAUCUCAAAGAAGGUGGCAAUUCUUAACCUGACAAACCAACUGUUCAGGAUUUACUAUAGAGUAAGUUUCGUGUAUCAUGUAUCUUGUCUUUUAGAUCAACAGAUUGCCAUUGUUGAAACCCCUUGUGCGAGCAAUUGAUGUCUCCAAGGACAGUGAACUCUAUAGUUUGUUCUCGAAGGCGGAUAAGGUCAUCUACAACUAUUAUGUAGGGCGAAAGGCCAUCUUCGACAAUAAUCUUGAACUGGGUGAGAUUACUGUUAUUAGGUGUAAUCAUUCCUUAUUUUAGCUGAAGAAUCGUUGUCAUAUGCCUUUAAAAACUGUCCACAAAACUGUUCCUCAAAUAAGAAGUUAAUCUUGCUGUAUUUGAUCCCAGUUAAGAUGUUCCUCGGUGUGGUUCCGACUCAACAAUUGUUGGAGACUUAUGAUCUGUCGUGUUUCAAACAACUAGUAGAUGCAGUUAAGUAAGGAGUCCUUGAGUAUUAUCGAUAAUUUUUGAUCAGCCACGAAUACCUAGUCGUGACUUAAAAGUGUUAUAUCGAUAGUUACAUCUUUUUAUAGGGAUGGAAAUCUGAAACUAUUUGAGACUUCUCUGAAGUCGCAGGAAACUUUCUUCAUCGAUUCUGGAAUCUUCCUCAUGUUAGAGAAACUUAAGCUGACUACUUUCCUCAAUUUAAUCAGGACAAUGUAUGUGAAUGUCGCCUUCUCUGAAUUUUGUACCUUACUUACAGUUCCAACGUUCUAGACACGCAUCAAGUCAGAUUAGAUGCAAUUCGCGCAGCUUUAACCGGACUUGAAUAUGAAAUGGACAACGAAGAAAUCUCGUGCAUUCUAGCCAAUGUUAUCAUGCAGGUAUUACUAAAGUCAUAGUCUAUGUGUUAAUUUUAGAAGAAGAUCAAGGGAUAUAUCUCGUAUAAUCAUCAAACCGUCGUCCUCAGCAAGAAGGACGCGUUUCCCAAUCCAAGAAAAUAA